UACAGGCCGUGCUUUUGGCGGCGGCGGCGGCCAUCCGUCGGCGGCCCCCAGUCUGCGGCCCAGUGUGUCAUGUCUGGUCGCGCGGUAAACCCCAAGUCGACCGUUGUCGCUAACACGUCCUACUUGAAAUGCUACGAAACCUACAGACGCAUGGUCAGUAUGAAAUUUAAAAAAAAAAAAAAUUUUAAUUUAAUUAAACGAAAAAAAAAAGAUCGCGCUCGGGAUUCGAUGAAAACUCACUAGUACCUAAUAAUAUUCGUCGCGACGUAAACGACCGGCAUUAACUGUUAUUUACAACGUGUAUGCGUAAUGACAAAAAGCGAUAAUAUAUGUUCGGUUCUUUAUUCUCCUCAUAUCGUAUCGUUUCGUUAAAUUUUAAAACCCCCUAUAUCCCCGCCGUUUCCGUCCGUCCGUCCGUGUACAGUUACGGUUGUUGAUUUGGUUGACAAGGAGGUAUACGUAGUACAUUAUUCCUAACAUUAUUGUCACUGUUCUUAAUUCAAAUAAUAAUUUUCGUUAUAGAUUAUUUAUUUUUAUAAGAGUAUUAUUACACAUUCGUGCUAUCAAAUUUGUUUUUUUAAUCAAAAUAUUAGUAAUACCUAAAGAACUUUAAAACCUAUUUACAAAUUACGAUUUUUAAUUCAUUUAGGUUUUCACGCGCAAGCACAAUAAUACGCUAGGUUAACGAAUUCUUUUAAAACUGUAGAUGGAACUAAAUUGUUUAUUGUUUAAAAUACGUUUAGAAACCGGGAGCUUAUCACGAUCAUCGUGAAUGGGGUUUCCUAACUCGUUUAAUUUUAUUUUUGCGGUUCAUUGUACACCCUAAAGGGUUUUUUUUUAUUAAAGAUCCCGGUGGGAAAAACACUUUUAUAGCUCGUAGAAUUUAUGAGUCUUAUUAUGUUGACGAUUACUUUUUUGUUCUGAAGGAGGAAGACUUUAGCUUCAGGCCAGUAUUGAACGCAAACUUUAUAAUAAUAUUAUAUCUUAGAAAAUAAAAGUCCAGUUUUAAGCUUUUUCAAAGACUUUUAUGGCAUUAUAUUUGAAAUCUAAUACAAAUCUCGGAAUUCAAUGCGGUCUGUAAAAAGUAAUUGUUUAUCGGUUAAAAAAAAAUGCCAUACAAAUAAUAUUAAAUUAGCAAUGAGUUAUCCCUGUAUUCGUGAAAUCAUAUUUGUCUGUAAAGGCGGAUAUUGUACUCAUUUCUCCUAGAUGGACAUCGAGCAAUAGAUAAAUGGAAAAUUAUUGGUAGUAACCAUUAAAAUGUUAGAACGUUUUUGAAAAUUCGGAAAACCGGUAAUGGGUUCUAUCUAUUCUAUUACAAUAUCGCAGAGAAAAAAAAUAUUAUCUUGUUUGUAGUCCUCUCAUAAAUGGAAAACUUUUUUUUUGUUGUUGUUCAAUGUUAUAAAGUAGUAUAUUAUAGUGGUUUUAGUAUUCUAUUGUGAUUGCUUUUUUAGUUUUAUAUUUUUUCCCUGCACACUUUCGGUUCAUUCACAACGAACUAUAUGAAUUGGCAUGAUUCGUUUUUAUCUCGUUCAACAGAAUAUGGAACGUGUAAUAUCGGCAUAAUAAUAUUGGCAAACUCUUACAAAGUUAAGUAAUCUGCUCCUACAAAGACAUCGUCUAAACUACUACUCUAUAUAGCGUUACUGCUCCUUGCACAAGCUCUUAUUAAAUUAAAAAAAAUUCAAUACAAAAAUAAACGAUUUAAAUUACAUAGAUUGUUUAAAAUAAUAUCAGUUUUGUAAAUUAUGAUACGUAAAUUAUUAAUUCAACCUCAAUCAAAAAUCGCAUUUAUUUUUGUAGUAUACAAUUAAAUUUCUCCUUGUUCAUAUUCAUUAAUUUCUGAUAUUGUUUUUGUCUGUCUAUGUUGUGUUACGGCAUCGCUUCUAAUUUUAAUAUUUAUUUCGAUCUGUUAGGUGAAUUUAUCUAUACAGUUUCAAAAAGUUAAAAAUUCAAUGUAAGAGAUUACAUCAGUUUUUGGGAAGUAAACUAAUAGUCUAUGUAGAAGAUUACACUCUGCUUUACUUUACUUAAAGACCAAGUAUCUUUUGAAAUCAAGUUAUAAGGUUAUUCGUAUGAGAGUUUACACAUGGCUACUGUAAGGUCUCGUAGAAUACCAUGAUCGACUAUAAUAUUAUAAUGUUUGUGUGAUAUCGUCGAAAAAGGGAAAAAUAUAUUUAAAUUAAUAAAUUCGAUUACCGAUCGUUAAAAUACGCGUGUAUUGAAUACCUUUUAUAAUGAUUUAUAAAAGGUGGUAAUUAUUUUUCGCUGUUAUAUUAUAUGCCACAGAAUUUGACCUAAGACCUUUUGGGACCGUUCCAAUAAGUAUAAGUAUAUGUAUAAGUAAGUGUGUGUUGAAUUGGACUUAACAUUUUUUUCAAUUUUUUCAUUUAAAUUUUUUUUGUUUUUUGUGUACCACCGACACAGAAAAAAAAUAAAAGUUAAUCUUUUUCCGUUCUGAUUUAGAAUUCAUCUAUGAUUUUUAUUAUAUUUUUCAUAAAUAUCGUUUCUUUCCCUCGUCUAUGGAUGUAGACGAUCGGCGCCACCGUUCUUUUCUUUUAGAAUUUUAGAUUCCGGUCUAGGGAUCGUGAUAAAAUACUUGGUGAUUUGAAAGCGGUAUUCCAGUGAAGUUAUUUUUGUCGUGUCUUAUGCAUAGACAUAUAUGCUGAUUAAGGGAUAGCACCGAAAAAUCAACUGUAAAUCGCACAAGAUUGAAGAUGGAAUCAGCCCAACUCUGGAAAUAUUCCGGUAUGUCGUAGGUCUUGAUCAUUGAAUGUUGGAUACUAAGAUUACAACGGCGGUCAAUCAGAACAUGACAAAAGGCGCACGACUCCGCAACACACGACGUCGCUGGAAUAUAGCCUUGAGACUCGGGAAAAUAUUAUCAUCAUUAACCGUUGAAAUCUCCGUGAUUAUAUUAUUGUUAUUAUUAUAAAACGGCGAACAAGGAUGUUAUGUGAUACGCGGCUCUGUAAGCAUAAUAAUAAGUAGUAAAUAUCUCACGUACUUGCUCGUGUUUCCUUCAUUCAAUUCGCGUACUCUUCGCACGUAUCGUAUUUAUUACAUGUCACGGAUUCUUAAUUUAUUUUCGCUAUUUUUAUCAUUUUUUUUUUUUUUAUAUAUAUUUUUAAUACAACUCGAGUCAAAUAGCAGCUAUAUUAUUUUAUUUUCGUAAUUCGUCCGUUAAUUACCUGUGUUGAAAAAAUACGAACAGAUAGAACGUUAUACAGUCAAGGAAUAAGAUUGAAUGAUAAAUAAAUGCUAUUUGACAUUUUUUUUCCCCUCGAUUAAAAGUUUAAAUUGUUGGAAGUUUGAUGCGUGAAUAUAACGCAUUUAAAGUACACGGAUUACGUAGGGUUUUCAAAAAAAUGUUCAAAAAACAGAAAACAAAUUCAAAAUCCUUCUUAAAAAUCGCUGGUUCGUGAUAAAUGGAUCACCCUGUAUGGCUGUAUACUAUAUCACAUAUAAUAUUCUAAAACAGUAUGUUAUUAUACUUUUACGUUUUAUUUGUACUUAAUUUUUAAAUCCGAUGAGUUUAAUGAUAUAUAUAUUAUUGUUAGGUAUACCGUCUACAUCAGUCAAACAUAAAAUCUUUUAAAAAUAGUCCUAUAAUUUUUUUCACGCUUUUGGUGGACGUGUUAACGUCUUGUUCUGCGUAGGUACCAAUAAUAAAACAUUUUUUGAGAAAAAAAAAAUAACAAAUGUAAAAUUAUUAUUAUUAUAAUAGUGUGGUAAUACGCACGUGUGCUGGCGUCGAGCCAAAAACAUCGCUAAAUUUUCGUGAAAUACAACAAUAAAGCUUGCCGUAUUCAAGUAUAUAGCUGGUGAUAGUAAUUAGGGCAAAUAUUUAUAUGCCCUGAAACCAUUUAAAUAAGUAGGUAUUUCGUGGUUAUACGAUACAACUUAUACCAAAAUAAACUCAAAAAGGAAAUACAAAAAACAAAAAAAAAUGUUCCCUACAUUUACGUAUAUAACAAUUUAUCUAAAACACGGGUACUAUAAAACUUUCUCUGGAGCUCACUUGCUAGAUAUUUUAUAAAUCUUGAAUAAUAAUAUUAUUUUGUAGUUUUCGUUUUUUGAUAACAAAUGUAACAAAUUCUUAAAUAAUUAUAUAAUAUGCUCUAAAAAUGUAAAAAAAAUCCUAAAAUAUGCCCUAUUAACGCCAAUAUAUAAUUUUUUUUUAUACAAAAUCAAUAGGUCCAUGAAACACGUUUUCAUAUCGUAACUAUAGCUACAUAUACUUUUUUUAGCCAAUUAAUAAAACAUAUAAGUUUAUAAAUAUUUUUACAUUUACGGCCACUGAGACCAUUCUGCCGAAUAAAUACAGUAUUCUCUAUUUACUGCUAAAUGUGAGCUGGAUGGAUUCCAGAUUCCAGCCUAUAUUUCCUUGUUUCUCUCUUAAGAUACUUAAAAAGUCUUUCUCAAUAGUAAUCAAUACAAUUUUCCCAACGAAGCUUUGACCAACCUUUUGUCUCUCGGAUUUUCCUGACGUACGUUUUUAGUCAUGGAUUCUUGCUCCCUCCACAUAUGACCAUAUGGUGUUAUCCUUUUAUUUAAAAAAAAAACAUAUAAAUGUGUGCCUUAAAUUAAUAAUCUACUGAAUAUAUAUUCAUAAUGUUCUUUCGAGAGUGUUGUUCGUCGAGUGUGAUAUAUUUCCGACGAAAAUUGUUCGGAUAUCCGACGUUAUCUGUGCCCGGUGCUCGGUUUUAUAUACUAUUAAGGUAACGGUAACGAAAAAACUAUUUAUUUUGAUAUUUAUCACUGUUACCUUCAAUUCAAUUAUAUUUACUGUAUAGAUAUACGUAAUCGGGUAAAGGUUGUGCGUAUAAACGUGUUUAAUUUGAUCGAUUGGACGACGACGGCACAGUAGAAGAAAAAUGCAUUUUUCUUUCUUUUGUCUGACGCUAUCGAAAACUUUUGCGUUUCUAUAUUAUUGCUGUAUAUUUCUGUACCUACCUGUAUAUAUUUUAAUUUACAUAUAUAUAAUGCAAUACGAUAGAUUAUAAUCCGUACAUGGUUUGUCUUCGCCGACACGCAUAAUGAUACCUAAACUAUCAACGGUAUUAGAGUGAUGUAAAUAUUUUAUAAUAUAUUAUUUUUUUCUUCUCCUCGCCUCUUUCGGAUUUCCCCGAUUGUUCGAUAAUAUUACAAUAAUAAUAUAUAGACGCGCGUUCCACGAUAAUAUUGUUGUAUACUGUAUACAGGAUACGAAAACCACUGCAACGAUGACACGAACGACGAGGAGAGCGGCGGCGGCGGAGAUGGCGAAACUGCUGGCAACGGAAAAGACAUGCUGGCGCGGAAGUUAUCAACUAAGGGUGACACUCUUUACCUCGAGAGACGGGUGGGACUCUUCAGUGGGGUGGCUCUAAUCGUGGGCACGAUGAUCGGUAAGCGUUACAGUACAUUAAUAGUAAUAAUAAUUUCACUCCCGAGUAACGUAUCUGUCACGACAUAAUGUGUCGACGUUAUUAUUGGUUAAGGUCAGGAUUAUGUAUAUUUCGCUGUUAAAAAAAAAUUAAAAAAUAGACGCAUGGGAAAAACAUAUGAAAAAACCCGUUUAAAAUUAUAAUUUAUACUUAGACCGUCAUGAUAAAAACAAAAAAAGAUACCGUUUGAACUUAACAUAUUCACACCUUGAUUUCCGACCAACAUCAUUUAUUAGACGGUGUAACGCGCUGCGUUUAUAUAGUGUAACAUUACUAUCUUCCUAUCCAAACUUAAAAAUAGAAUAUCACUUCAACGAGUCGACGGACAUUAAUAAUGUCGACACCAAAACGUAUUUAAACUAAAAAUUAAUCUAUUUAUAGAAUUUUCAAUAUAGUUUUCUAUUCGAAAAUUAAACGUGAGUAGUGGUUUCAUUCCCGAAAAUAAAGGUAUACAUAAUAGGAAAAAAAAAGAGCUGAUACUAGGGAUGGGUGCACCCACUGUUGUAGGUGGGAAGUUGCGAAGGUAGAAUACAUAAGGUUAUUUUACUUAUAUCUUUAAGCAACUAUAAACCAUUGUUGACGAAAAACGAUACGAGCGCAGUUCGGUAAUACAUAAUUUCAAGUGCCAUAAUUUUUUUUGCGAUUUUCGUUUAAAUUUGAUUUCAAAAUGCUUGUUAGAAAGAGUAGUCCGAUGAUUUUGGAAAAUUGUACCACAUCUAGGUAAGUCCGAUAUAAGUAUUAUUACCAAGUUUUAAGUCUAUACGUGUAUUUAUAGCCAAAUUACAGCAAAAAAACUCCCAAAAAUUAAAAUUCUUUAAAAGUUCAAAGAUUUUGACGAUGAUACCAUAAGAAAUCAAAUAAAAAAGACAACAAAAGAGGUAUAUUGUGAUUUUUUUUUGAUUAAAUCAUUUUUUCUGGUAGAAAACAUCGUCCGUGUUUUAUAAAAUAUCGAAAUCAUGAAAUUGUACGUUUCCUACGUUUUUUAUCACUUAAGUGCUUUUAUUUAAAAAAUGAUCCUUUUAAACAGUUGCUACACAUAAGAAUGUGAGCAAGUUUACUAAGAAAAAACCUGUCCACAGACAAGAAUAAAGAAGAAGAAAAAAAAAUAAACAGCAUUGUAAAACCAAUAGCUACGCUCAGAAUCUAAAAUUCAAAAUUUUCAGAGUUUUUACAAAAAUCAUUUUCUGAAAAAAUAUUUAUCGAAUAAAAAAUUUGACUGCAACAUAAAAUUUAGAAGACCUUUUAGUUCCAGGGAAAAAGGAUUUAAAUAAAUGUUUGGUAAUUUCUUUUAUAAUUGUGUAUUAUGUAUUCUGUUUUCUCUGAAAUUGAUUCGAGCUCUUCUUUCUUGUGAUCAAAAAUAUUAUCUGUAAAUAUAAAUACGACAGGUGGAUACCAAUACCGAUGCAUUUUAUUUUAUAAUAAGGCUAUGCAUAUUUUUGCGAAGUGAAAUUAAUUUUACGUCGCCUUGGAAUAUUUUACAUAAAAUAUAUAGAUUAUAAUAUUAAAAAAUAUGGUUCUGACAAAUAUCUGUAUCAUAAUAAUAAUAACUUACAACAGUUUGGCGUAGUGGUGUUAUUACUUUUGGAAUUUAAAUUAAAAUCUACUCGUUUAAAAAUGACACGUUAUUAAAACUUUUUACUAUAAACCAACUUGUCCUACUCACAUAUCUUGUUAUAACUUACGGUAAAUCGAAGUACAUCAAAAUCCGUUAUAUAUUUUUGAUUUUGUUUGUUGAUGUUUGUCUACUUUUAUUCUGGCGUGAGUACUUUUUUUAAAAUUUAUUUUAUAAGACGUAGUAUUGACCAAAUUCACGCGAAUAAUAAGUCUGAAUAUUAUUUAUUUUAUUUAUUAAAAAAACUGUCCUAAGAUAAUGGAGACGGGUGCAGCCACUGUUAUAGUUAAUUCAAUGUAACUUAACGAUAAACCGUUAACGAAAAAACGAUUCUGAGUGGAGUUCAUGUUGAUAGUGUUGAUUCGUCAACAAUAUAAAUAAUAUGUCAUAUUUUGGUAUACAAUUGUAUAGGCAUUAUAUAUUUUCUUUAAUAAUAUUUGUUUAAUGCUGUACUGAUUUUUUCAAUUUUCCUCCGGUUUUUCCUGGUCUUUUCCAUUUGAAGAGAAAAAUCCUGGGAAAUUAAAAAAUGACCUCUUUAAAAUAGCUUCCCAGUCAGAUUUCAUUUCAGAAAAUGUGCUAUCAUUGUAAAUCAGAGCAAAAUUGCUUGUAGAAAAGUUGUCCCUAGAAAUAAUGAAAUAAAUAAACAUCUUUGUAAGACCAUAAGCUUCUUUGCUCCACUCAGAAUCUAAAAUAAUAAUGUAAUAAGAGUUUGUAUCAUUUAAAACCCGUAAGCUAUAGUAUAAUGGAAUUAUAUUGUGUAAACAGUUAUAUUAAUAAAUUGCAUUAACUAAAUUUUGUGAUAUUAACUAUUUAUUUUUGUUUUUAUUUCAAUAUAAUAGACGCCAUGUGGCUUUUGAGAUUGAAACAGCAAAACAAAUUACAGAUCUUAAAUUACAGAAACAAUACAUAACAAAAGUAAUUGAAAUUACAUAUGAAAUAAGCUGAACAGAGAAUAUAACUAUAUUUAUAUUGUAAUAUAAGAUACAGAAGUUGGCUAACGUACGGAAAACUUUGUAUUGUUAUUGGCUAUUGACAUCAUCCUAACUAAAAGAAAAUUGUUAUCAAAUGUCUCGUUUAAAAAUACGAUUCGUAUGAAUAAUGAUAUAAAACCUGAGAUUCACAUGAAUAUGUGAGAUUUUAUUAAUAUCUGUUUAGGUCCAGUAAUCAGUAUUAUAGGGGAAAACGAAUACGAAAAAAAACAUUAUCCUACGGUAUUUUUGGAAAGGAGAAUGUCCCUUUGCUCCUACGAAUCUGUCACUGUAUACUUGCCAUUGUUUUUACAGCUGUAGAUAAUAUAAUUGUGGAGAACAUAGAAGCCAACAAUUUCUGAAAUUAUUAUACUCGUUAAAAUUAAAACAAAUGUAUUCAAUGAACAAUUUAUACAACAUUAAAAUAUCAUUUAAAACGAGUUGUAGAUAUUAAAGCAAAUGCCAUGUACACUAGAACCAUAAAUCAAAUGACAAACAUCCAUUAUAUAUCAGAAAAUAAGUCAGUACAUUUUGGACGAAUAAUAGUACAACGAGAUUUCAGGAUAACUUGCCGAAUUUACGCCAAAUCACGAAUGCCAUUGUUAUUUUGAUUUACAUUAUACAUUACCUAUAAUAUAGUGUACAGCGAUUAUAUAUUGAGUUGUCAAUCUACGUAUAUGUGGUUUUGAUUUAUAUUAAUAAAUCGACAAAUAAAUUGACUAUUAUUUUAAUACGCCAAUUAUUAUUACCAAUUAUUAUCAUACAAUCAAUCAAAUUUAUGUAAAGUAUUGAUAAGAAACACGGAAAAAACUAAUUUCAAGUUAAUGAUUAUGUUUUUAUUUUUAUAUCACACAUUACUUUUUGGAGCAAAAAUAAAAACAAUAAAAUGUAAGAUAAAAUUACGCGUUAACAGCAGAGCGCUAGAAUCGAAUUUAUUUCCCCACAACUAUUUUCCAAUAUGGAAAUAUGUUUUGCAAAAUAAUAAAUAACCGAAUAUUAUAUAAGAAUACCUACAAUGCUAUAUUAAUACUACCUUACACUACAACUACUAUACUGCAAAUACUUAAAAAAAUGAAAUCGUAAAAUUUGAUUCAAAACUAGUGAAAAAAAUAUGUAUAAUCUCCUAUAAUCUCUUACUUAAAAGAAAAUUCGAAAAACCCUCUUUUACUUCUUUAAAACCUCUCCGUAAAAUAAACUCUUCUUCAUAUCUCUCACUGUCUUAAGUUAAUAACCUCUUAUUAAUUCCUGGGUCCACUACUUUUACAUUCCUCCUUACACAAUCUUUUCAUCUUACGCGGCCAUCAUCAAUCGCGGCCUAUUUAUCGGUCUUUCGGACAAAAACAAUAAAACAUUUAAAACAAAAAAACUCAGGUAUAAGAUUAUUAUAAAAGAUUUCUUCACAUUUAAUAUUUACUGGAAUCUGCAGUGAGAUUAACAAUUAUAUAGUUUUAUACACCUAAUAUUAUUAAAAAACUUCAUGUGUCGUAUAGACUACAAUAUAAACUUGGAACGCAUUCAAAAUGCAUUUUUUAAUAUGUAUUUGUUAUAAACGAAAGGAAAAUACCUACAAUAUCUACUGUAAACGAAGUUAUAUACCCCAGAGUUAAAUUUAACACAUUAACACCUAAAUGCUAGAUUAAUUUUAUGCUUGUUUUAUUUAUAUAAGACGAUUAAUACCCAUCAUUUAAUAUAUUUUUCUUAGAUUUAUUUUAAAAUCGAAUUUGUGCGCUUUAUAAAAUAAACAAGCAAUUUCGAGUUUUUUUUUAGUCUGUCAACGUUGUUUUAAUAUUUUAUCAAGAAUGCCUACUGGAUUUUUUUACAAUAUACAUAAAACUUGCUAUUCGUACUUUUAAAUUGUAUUUAUCUUAUUGGUCAAAGUAUACCUAUUUACUUUACAAAUUCUACUUAUUCGAAUAUAAAUUAAUAACGCAAAUAAUAUAAUUUUAACUAUACAGUCAACACUUUAAACAAAGUUGUAUCAUAUUGUUAUUAUUUUUGAUAUCUUUUUGCAAUUUGAAUAAAUUAUCGUAAUAUCAUAAUUUUAUCGUUAAAUUUUAUAGGUUCUGGAAUAUUCGUUUCUCCUACUGGACUGCUGAUCAGGACCGGGUCAAUAGGCCUGAGUUUCGUCAUAUGGACAGUAUGUGGUGCCAUGUCACUAUUAGGUACGUGUAAGCUAUGUGAUAUUAGGUUUCUGUGAGUAAAAUCAGUAAGAACGUUAAAAAAAAAACUGUUCUAUUUUUAAAAUGACACUUUUUCGCGUGUAUUUUUACCUGAACACGUUUGUCAUUCGUCAAAUUAUUUUACAAACAUAUUAUUCUCAGUCAUGAUAUAAUUGGACCGAAAAUAAUUCAAACGAACGGUCAGUCGAUGCCAAAAAAAAAAAAGCUAUAUAUAAUAUAAUUGUUUUCAAAAAUAAAAAAGUAUGUAUUAUAUUAUACAUAUUGUUUUUUUUUCCAAAUGUUAUUUGUCUGUAGGAGCUUUAGCGUACGCCGAACUGGGUACUAUGAAUCCCAGUUCUGGGGCCGAGUACGCUUAUCUGAUGGACGCCUUUGGACCAAUGCCUGCAUUCCUGUUCUCGUGGAUAUCCACGUUGAUACUCAAACCAUCUCAGGUGGCUAUUAUAUGUUUAAGUUUCGCAAAAUACGCAGUCGAGGCGUUUGUCGACGAUUGCGGCCCUUCAGACUUUGCAGUGAAGAUCGUCGCUGUUCUGUCUAUUCGUGAGUUUAAACCUAUUAAUGUAACCCACAUUUGAUUUUAACUAAUCAUCUUAAUUUUUCUUUUAAAACUGUACGCUCGUUUUGUUUACUUAAAAUACUCUUUAUUUUUCUUUUUAUUACACAAUUAAAUCAUAAUCAUCGAAUAUUAGAACUUAAAUUCAUCAUAUGGUAAGAGGUUAACUGAAUAACCAAAUUCCCAGUUCCUAAUAUUGUAUAUAUAAAUACGUACAUUGGACACGAGGGUAUGACUAAAGUAAUAAAAUUAUAAAAAUUGCAUUAAUUCAUAUAAUCAGCGUGAAAUGCAGUGUAUGAAUGUUUGAUUAUAUUUUUUAUUUUGACGUUAUUAUUCGUGUAAAUUAAAAAAAAAAAGCGCAAUGUAUUUUUAACGCUCAAUGAAUAAAUAAACAUUCUUUCAUAUCUAUUAGUUAUAGAACCUUUGGGGGGGGGGGGGGGUGGUUUGGGUUUUACAUAGUUUCAUAAUUUCUAUUGCAACUACGGAUAUUUCUUAGUAAUAUUAAAUACGUGUAGGUUGUGCCCAAAACCUGUCCAAAAAUUUGUUCAAAAUUUAUAAUACCCCCUCUCUGUUCCCCGAAAAUGAAUCUUGAUUAUGUCAAUGAUAACCCUCAACCACCACAAUAUCGUUAUUCGAAUAUAUAUUGAAAAUAUUGACUUGCGGUUUUCUCCUAUCGAACGUUUCAAGUCGUAAAAAAUUCAUAAUUUAAUUAUUUUUAAUGUUCAUAAUUUUAUUACCUAAUUAACAUAAUAUUUUUUGAACAAGAUAUUUUUAUGGAUGUUUUGAAUUGUCGACUUUAUAUUUAUAUAGUAAAAGAUAUUGUGCUUGAAAUAUUAAAAGUAAUACACUAUCGCACUAAUUUAUAAUGGACUACAGUGGGAAGCGGGAGAGUGUUAGUUUAGGGCGUGUGCAAUAUCAUUCGUUUAGGGAAAUUAUAAAAAAAAAAAAGCAAAAAACAUUAUUUACAACACUUGAGUAUUUAACCGUUUCGUACUACGGUGUUUCUGUAUUUUAAUUAACAUUAACAACAACAAAAAAAACUGUAUAUAAUUAAUGUCUGGAGACUAUGUAGAUCGCGUAUGUGUGCAUCUUUCCUAAAUUAUUGGGUUACAUUACUUUUUGUACGAGCAACAUACUUCCGCAGGAUCGCCGAUUGUGGACAUAGGGACCCGAAACUAGUAAAAUUCCAAAAAAAUUAGUAUAAUAGGUACUAAAUUUAGUAAAGUGAACUCUCCUUACAAUUGUGGAAAUUACGUAAAAAUUGUUUUAAAUUAAUGCAUUACUUAUACAUUUAAAUUUUACUACUCUGUAUAAAAACAUGUUUGUAUUUGUUAAAAUAUUAAAUUUUUCAUUUUAAGUAUUACUUAAAAUCAGAAAGAAAAAAAAAUGUAAAUUGUAUUAAUUUUUUUUUUUAUAAUAUAACGUGCACGCAAGACACCAAGACGAGAGAUCUACGUGUGCCUAUCAGGAAUAAUUUUAUUGUAUUACACAUUUAUUAAAUUCGUUCGGUGAUCGGUAAUCCAGAUAUAAAUGCGUUAAGCCUUUCAUCUCUUUAACGGCGACAAGAGAGAUGAAGAGAUUGCCCUAUUUUCAUACGUUAUCGUACAUUCAAGAAUUUUCAAUACAAUGCCUUACAUUAUUAUGUUUACUAAGUUGUAUUUUUGUUGUAUUUUUGUUUUGUACCAUUGUACUUACUCAUUAUAGGUAGGCAAACGUGUGUUUUAACAUGUAAUAAGCGUUACUUAUCUUAAAUAUAAAAAAUUAAAAAAGAUCUGUAUAGGAAAUUACACUAUCUUUUAAAUUCAAGUAAAAAGAUCAUCCAUGCAGGAGCUUGCAUAUAAAUGUAUUUGCAUACGGGUUAUUUUUUAAGCAUGAGCGAUUUUUAUGGGUAAAUUAUUCAUAAAUUCUAAAUUAGAUUUUUGGAAUUUUUAAGUGUAGCGAAAAACGAUAUGUAUGCAUACUUAGAUUUUUCACAUCAUUUAGGAGUGGUGAUACCAACUUUAGUUUUUCAAAUGUAAACUUUAACGUUUUAAUGUGAAUUGUCAAUCAGAUGAUUUUUCUGAAAAUUUUGACGUAUUGUAAUCGAAGUUUAAGCGAGAAGUUUAUGUAUGUUUAGGUAUACGUUUCUACAUUAUUAGCUUAUAUUUCUAAUUUUACAGUGUAAAUUUUAACCAAAUACUUCAGAUUAUGGCUUUUUUUAUGAAUUUUAACAAAAAUAUGUACGAAUAUCUGAAGAUUAUGGUAGGUAGAUAGUGUGUGUAAAUUUACACGGUACCUAUCACUACAGUAUCACAUAUUCCGAUAUUCGCUCUAAAGAAAUAUUCGAUAUUAACUUUUAUCAUACGACUGUUUGUCGUAUAACCCUAAAGAUUAAAACCUCGCUCAAUCUUGAUGAAUGUGUAAGACUGAGCGGGAGGAGGUUAAAGAACACCACUCCCUCUCCCACCAAACAAAAUCCAAAAUAUACCACUACGCUUGUACGCGUAUCUUUCAUAAACUACUGGAUACACAAAUUACUAAAAAAAAGGCACGCCUAUUCAACGGUGGUCAAAUGAUGUUAUCAUGGAAGAGAGGGAUAAGGAUAAUUUUUAAAAACUACUAUUAUAUACAUUAUUUUUUUAAUUUUUUUAUAAAUAUGAAGAUAUAAUAUAAUAUACUGGGCGAUUUUUAACAAUGCUCACCCUAUUUAUGUUGUUAAAUUAUGCAUGGUUUCAAAUAAAUUCAAUGGUUUAUCGUUGCGUACAGAUAUAAAUGAAAUAACUUUAUGUAUCCUAACUUCCCAACUUCCCACCUACAACAGUGGCCGCACCCGUCUCCAGUAUCAGUUUUUUUUUUUUCACAGUGGUCAUCACUUACAUAAACUGCUACAGCGUCAACCUGGCCACCGGGGUGCAAAACGCUUUCACAGCAGCGAAACUAGUCGCGGUUUUCGUGGUGGUCACCGGUGGCGUGCACAAGAUCUUUCAAGGGCACACCGAACACUUUUACAAUUAUUUCGGAAACACGACGACGAGCAUCGGUGACGUGGCUACUGCGUUCUACUCGGGAUUGUGGGCAUACGACGGGUGGAACAAUCUCAAUUACGUCACAGAAGAAAUAAAAAACCCUUCGAAGUAAUGACUUAUACCUUCCCACAUAAUAGCAUACUUAUUUUUAUAAUUUAUAGUACAGAAAAUAAGAUAUAUUCGUAAUAAUUACUAGAGUAAAAAUUAUCGAGGCAUUGGUGAGUGUUUAAGACUAGGUUACACAUGAUAUACCUACCUAAUUUAAUUAUCAAUUUAAAUUUACCUUAUAAAUUAUGUGUAUUAUAGGUAAUUAAUAACUAUUAACUAAAAAUCAUAUAAGUACCUAUAAUGCUUAUAAUAUCCAUGUUAUUUAUAAUUAUUAAUCAAUAUAGUAUUUUGUGACAUUGUGUUUAUCAGUGGUGUAUCUUCGGGAGAGGUGGAUUGAAACUCACCACCCCUAUAUGACCUUAGUUAUUAAAAAAUUAUUAUUAUUUUUAUUUAAGAUCUUUGUCACUAGACUACGUAAAUAUAACUGGAAACCCCUCUCAUCCCAUAAAAUAAUUCUGAUGUUUAUAAUAUUAUCAUGUUUCUAAGGAACAUUCCAAAAGCGAUAUACAUCAGUAUACCGUUGGUGACCGUUUGUUAUCUUUUGGUGAACGUGGCGUACCUCACCAUCAUGUCUCCAGCCGAAAUAAUGCAAAAUGAAGCCGUCGCUGUGGUUUGUAUUAUUAUAAUAUUAUUCGAUUUUAAAACAAAAUAUGAUGUGGAAUUUGGCGAUUUUUAAAAUUGUUCGUAAAAUUAUACCUAUGUAUUAUUAUAAUAUUUCGAGUAUAAUACUGGGAAAAUCCAUAGUAGACUUUUGGAUUAAGAACACGGUAAUACUGUAAUAAUCGUUUCGAAAAAUGAAAUGUGUAUUAUGUUGACGGCAUGAGUAGGUACCCUACCUUUAAUACAGUAGCGUACACAACUUUUUUGCACGGGGAGAGGGAUAUUAAAAUGUUAAUAUUCCAAAUUUCGGUUGUAAAAAUUAAUUAAAAUUUCAGUCUACAACCUAUUUUUAGCACAAGCACAAGUUAUAUGGUUUACCAAUCAUUGCCUUCAUUAACCUAUUAUAUUUUUAUGAACUUUUUUUUCGAUUCAACAGCUAGUUAUAUUAUUAUUAUUGUGAUUGUACCGUAAAAUUGCAAAAUUAAGUUAAUUUAUUAUUGUAGUUUUGUAUUGAAUUUUGUCACAUACAAACAAUAAGUAUCAAUCAAAUAUACGAUAAUUACAAGAAAUCUAUACAAAAAAUAUAUCAACUAAAAAAAAAAUAUUCAGUGGGGAUAUUUCAUCCUUAUCCCCCCCCCCCAUGAGCUCUCCUCUUUAUAAAUAAUAAAUAUGAAUUAUAUAUUAUUAUAAUAAUAUUAGAAACGUUAAAAAUCUUCUCGUCCAAUUAUCCCAAUUCGCACGCGAUGCUUGAACUCAUAACACCUGUUAUAGCUGUGAGCUCGUCAUUAUUAUAAUUAUACAUUGGUACAUUACAUUACAACUAUACAGAGUGAUCAAUAUUAUGUAAGCAAUUCAAUGUCUUGGAAAGUAUUGACUUUCUACNGGGGAUAUUUCAUCCUUAUCCCCCCCCCCCCAUGAGCUCUCCUCUUCAUAAAUAACAAAUAUAUUAUUAUAAUAAUAUUAGAAACGUUAAAAAUCCUCUCGUCCAAUUAUCCCAAUUCGCACGCGAUGCUUGAACUCAUAACACCUGUUAUAGCUGUGAGCUCGUCAUUAUUAUAAUUAUACAUUGGUACAUUACAUGUGGAACUAUACAGAGUGAUCAAUAUUAUGUAAGCAAUUCAAUGUCUUGGAAAGUAUUGACUUUCUACGCAAUUUGUGUUUCUAAAUAAUUUAAAAAACAAGCAUGUAGCUAUAAAAUGUCGCAUUAUCGUUAUUUUAUGUCCCCCUUAUUUUCAAGGGUGAAACCAUUACCCACAAAAAUCCAAAACUCAAAAAUGGAAUAUCAUGUCAACUCGUUGACGGAAAUUAAAAACUUUUUUUUGAAAUUUAUUUUAUCUAAAACUAUGUCUAUUUAUGGAAUUGUUAAUAUUUAAAUAGCGAAAAGUGGGCACCUAAUGAUGGUUUCAUCCCCGAAAAUAUAGGUGACGAAAAACAACGGUAACGAAACAUUUUAAAGCACUUAGUUUCAUUUUUUAAUAAACGAAUUUCGAAAAAAGUCUAUACUUUCCCGAUUUAAUAAUAUAGUGUCAUAUACGUUAUGUUAAUCGCCCUGUAUACACUUUAUUUUUUAUUUAUAGACUUUUGGAAUCCGGGCGCUUGGUCCGAUCGCCUGGGUGAUACCGUUGUCAAUCACGAUAUCCACGUUCGGGUCGGCCAACGGCACCUUGUUCGCCGCUGGAAGACUGUGUUUCGCCGCCAGCCGAGAAGGUCACCUAAUGAACGUCCUGUCGUACAUUCAUAUAAAAAAGCUCACGCCCAUGCCAAGCAUCAUAUUUCACGUGAGUGAUGUCGACGAUUUUCAGUGCCGGUGGCACCGCAAGCGCGCGUCCGGUUUGUCUUUCAUCAGACGCACGUCGUUGACCGCAUGUUUAAUACGGUUUGAAAAAACCUCUAACAUUAUAUUAUUAUAAUAUACCACUGCACUACUGUAGUUCUGUGACGUAUUUACAUUUUUGGCACUCUGGGUCACUAUUCCUAUAGCUAUUUUUUUCAUAAAAAACACGAUUUUUUUUUUUUGGAAUUUUAAGUUGUACUCGUUAAGUUUUGUGUAGCACUUUGCGCUUUAAGACACACUAUUUUAGGCCCUGCAAUUGAGUGAGUUUCAUGUAAGAUGAGGUUAAUAUUUAAAAAAAAAAUCUAAUGCUGUAGCUGAUAGGUGUACUAUUGUUUUAGGAGGUAAGUUAGAAGGGAUAUACAGAGUAAUUCAACUUAUAUUAGUACACAACGAUAAGUUUAUUGCUAACGAAAAACGAUUGUGAGCAAAUACGUCGUAUUUUUUAUUUUGUUGCUAAGGCAACCCAGAAAUCAAUAAUAUAUGUACAACAAAUUGCCAGUUUUCCUCAGUUUAUUAUGAAAACUACACACAAAUCGAAAAAUUACUUCCCUAAUUACCUGCAAUUAGAUCAAAAAUGCUACAAGAAAAUUACUAUAUUACUAAAACGUUUGAUUGGAACAAGAUUUCUUAUGGAAUAGUUAUUUACAGAUCAACAAAAAAAAAACACAUUAUAAUAAAACCCAUGUGUCCCUCGUUUCUCGCAGAAUCUAAAAAAAAUUCUUAAAUUCCAAUACAAAUUUAUGUAUUUAAGUAAAUUGUAUGCAAAUCAUAAUAAUCAUUUAAUCUAUUUUUAUGAUCAGUAUUAUAUAAAUCUAUUUUUUACGCUAAUAAUUAAUAAUGUAAAAUUACUAUUUUACGAUUCUUUAAAAGAUUAUGAUUCUUCCUUGAAAUGUUGGCAUCUAGGGCCAGUACUCUUCUUCCCUAAACCCUGUUGCAAUUGCUGUAUAGAACUAAUGCAGUUCCCCCUUCAUUUUACGUAUACGCGUUAGUGUUAAAAUGUAGAAAAUAUUUUCGAAUGCCGAAUCUAAAGAACUCGGACAUACUUGCUAGAGCGAAAAUUAUAUUCAAAACAUCACGAAUAUAGUAUAAAUUCAUCAUGAAAUAUGAAAUGAUGUGUUCAUUUACACGAACAUAUAUGGAUUCUGUAAAUACGUGUAGAUAGUAUUAAUCAAGACCUCUAUUAUAUAAUAUGCAGAUGGUAAUUAUUUUAUCGCGGACGGGAAUUAGGGAUGGGUAAUAAAUUUCAUAUUCAAGAAUAGGGUAUAUAGAUGACCCUUCUCUACUUCUCGUCCAGUCUAAUUUUAGACUGUUAUAAACUAUCGUAAACGCGUUAUAUCCGACAAUAUAAUAUAAUAUUAUAUAGUAUAUAGUAAUAAUAUACAAUCGAUUUUUUUUUUUUUUAAAUAUAUUCAUUUUUCUAUAAAUCGCAAUUUAAAAUUGUACGGGUUGCAGCUAUUCGAAAAUCGAUAUAGCUGAUUAUACGAUUAGAUAUUAUUAUUAGUUUAUUCGUGAUAAAACAUUAAAAAUAUUGUAAGCAUUUUUUUUUUUUAAUAAUAGCGUUUUUUAUUUGCAUAACUUACGUUAUGAACCAAGUGUACGUUUAUGCAAUAAACGAUUUUAUAUCCGUGUAUCGUAUACCUGCGCACUGAGAAUGAAAAAGCAAUUGAAAUAAAUUGGGAAAACGAUUUACCUAUGAUAUGCUCGUUUAAAUGGAUAAAUGGAUAUAUAAAAAUGGAUAUAUAAAACCAUUUUAACGACGCUGUGUAAAAACAUGACAAUUUCCGCGAGUACACUUCGUAUAAUGAAAUCUUUUCGCUUCGUUUUAAUUAUCAUAAAAAUAUUAUCCAACGCGAUUAACUUUUAGAAAGUAUUAUAAAUCUCCCACGCUGCACGUUUUACUUUUCGUCCUUAACGUACUCGUAUUAUAUCAUGCGUAUAUGGAUAAUAUUUUCGUAUUCAUUUUCUGCUCUACGCGUUUUUCUCCAAAAUCGAAAAUCCCAUCGCUACAGAGUACAGCUUACUCGGUCCCAGUGGUGUAUUUAUGGGAGGGAGAUCAAUCCCUCCUCCGCGGGUCAUUAGUUAUCCUUAUCACGAUUUAAAAAGUACGACAUCCCAUAUACCGACAUUAUAUUAUAUAUUAUUCUUUGGCCGUACUUAACAACACGAUUUCUACACACUUUAUUAUCAUAUUACAUGGGCUGGAUAGGUGACAGCGUUCAGUCAUAUGUUCGAUAGUUAAUAUUUUGUAGAUAAAGGAUUUUAAGUACUUACAACGAAGUGACGAAAAAACUAUUAGUUUUACUAAGGUGUGUUUUUUUUCCCUCGGAGACCACGUUUUAGAUUACUUAGAUUUCUAGGUUACUUGGCAUUGCAAUAAGAGGUAAAAUACGACUAACAUAAUACUCCAAACAAAAUUGAUUUUUCGUUUGCAAUAAUUUAUCGUUGCAUAUGUAUAUCAAUUAAAUUACCCUGUAUAUUCUAACUUUACAACUGCCCAUCUACUACAUAAUAUAUAAAAUAAAUAUCUAACUUUUGUUUUCUAUUCAUUUUCGCUAUUGACGUGUCAUCGAAACAUUGAAAUAGCAUCGGACUAGGUCAUCGACGUCCAAAAUUGAUUUUGUGUUUUAAUGUAUGUUCCAUGCAGAUACCUUUUUAACCAUAGCCCUAUAAUAAAUUCCUAUGUAAGCCACUACUCAGUCCUGCUGUUUAUAAUAUUACUACUAUCUCAGUAUAUUGAGCUGCCGGUGUUUGAUUUCAGUCAAUCAUAACGAUUAUGAUGGUCACCUCAGGUACGAUCAACUCGCUAAUCGACUUUUUCAGUUUCACGGCGUGGAUAUUCUACGGAAGCGCCAUGUUGGCGUUACUGGUGAUGCGGUACACGAGACCCGAUGCACCGAGACCGUAUAAAGUGAGUACGACAAUCGAUAAAACCGGCUGAAAGUCGUGUCCACAUGGUAUUACGUUGUAUACACCAGUGGUCUUCAACCAGUGGGUCGCGACCCAUUUUUGGGUCGCGUAAGCUUAAAAAUUGGGUCACGAUAAGUUUUCUUUUUAAAAGAAAAAUUAAGUUUAUAAAAUUGUAUAAGGUAUACAAAUAAUUGUUUAAUUAUUAAAUUUAGAAAAUUAAUAAAUGAAAAUACAGUUUGAAAAUUAUUGUAAUAUAUUAUGUAUAAACAAUAUUAUGAAAUUUAUAUUCAAAAAUAUAAUUGUACAAUGGAUUUUAAAUCACAGUAUAUGUUUCAUAUACUGGUAUGAUUCUACGUAGUAUGACGUUAAAUAUAAUAAUUUACGAGUUAACCGGGCUAGUAAUAAAAUAAAUAUUAUAUUAUUUUCGUUAAAGAGUUCCAUAAUCUACGAACAUUGUCGAUGUUGUCGCUGUUUUUAAAGACAAAUUAGUUGUUAGUCGUGUUAUUAUUCUAGUCAUAUUUACGUAUCCGUUAAAAAGUUUUUUUUAUUUUUAUUUAUUCAGUUAUAACAGUACUACUACAAAGUAUUAAGUAAUUUUAGAUUUUUUUUUUUUUGUUUUUCUACAAACAUUUUUCUUUAUGUAUGCCUUAUGUGGGUCGCGAAUAAUGUGCGCCUAAAAAAAUGGGUCGUGAGUCUAAAAAGGUAGAAGACCACUGGUAUACAUCUAAGCAAGGGUGACUGAACGGUCGAUCGGGAUCAACCGGUAGAUCACGGACGGUUUAAAGGUCGAUCUCCUUUUGUUAGAAUUUAUUUAUUUAUGUAUAAUUAGUAGAUAAAUCACAAUUGCUGAUCAUUUUUAUCUUAAUAUAUCAUUAUUUUGUGGUCGGUUCAUAAAGUAAUACAAUCCAACAAACUUUACACCGGUAAAUGUAUUUACCAUAUUAUAUCAGUCUUAAUAAAAGUGUGAAGAAAAACUUAUUUAACUAUACAUUUUAGUUGUAUUAUUAUUUAUCAGCUUAACGCAUGUAUGUUUAUUAUUAAUGCUUAUUAGGUAAUUUAUAAUUAUAUAUUUUUUCAUGUACGUUUGGAAGUCUAUCCUCAAAGAAAAAUAUUAUAUUCUUAAUAGAUCUCUACCAAAAAAACGUUGACUACCUCUGACCUGUAGAAACUUACACUGUAUUCUGCAGGUGUUUACAAGGUAUAAAAAUAAUUUCGAAAUGUAAGUGAUUUAUGAAAAGUUUUUUUUCUCUAAUUCGACGAUUUAUGUAUUGAUAUCUUAUAUACAUACAAACGAUGUAUCACCGCGAAUAAUUAAGCCCAACAAAUGGAAAGUGUUUCUCGCCGUGCUCAGUAUUUUUAUACGACAUGAACUUUACUUUGAGAUUUUGAUAGAGUACCUAUAAUUUGAUAAUACAUAAGUAUCUGUAUUGCAAUGUUUACACACCGUUUAAUCGAAAUCGUAUACAAAAUUCCGGGGCAAACACCCAUAUGUCGUCGAUCUUGGUGUCUUAAUGCAGUCUACAGAGGUAAACCCUCGAACACUUUUUAUGAGCGGACGAGUGGCUAGAAUAAGUAAUUAGACAUUUGAACAUAUUAUAAUAUUAAAAACAGUUAAUUUUUGUUUUUUUGGUGAGUGGAUAAUACUGAGUCCGUGUAAAUCAUGUUUUAUUAUUUCAUCCCUGGAGAUUGAAUAGAGAUGCGCCUACACCUAUGCGUAUUAAAAAAAAAAACUCGAUCCCUUUCUAAUCGACUUUAAACGCGAUGCACCUUAGGUGCCUUUAUUUAGGUAAAUAAUUUUGACAUUAAACCAUAUUUCUUCGCGAAAGGAUACUAAAUAACUGUCGAUUAGUUUUUAUAUAGCAAGGAUAUUUUGUAUCACCGAGAACUUUAAUAAUAAUGUGUUUAAAUAUUUGAAUGGUAAUCACAAUUUUUUAAUCCGGUGUAAUUUAAAAAAUUUAUAUUUUACAUGAAAAAUACCACCUAUUAAUAAACUUACAAAAUUGGUGUUAUGAAAAAGUUUUAAUGGUUUAAUACAACAAUAUAAUAUAAUACCUAAAUAUAGCGUUAUUAAUAUAAAUUAAAUUAUACAAAUAAUAUUUACGCAAUUUGACCAUGUUAUUAUACGUACCUACUGUGUUUUAUGUUUAUUCGAAACAAUUACAUUUGCCAACCGUUAAUUAACCACGCGUGGUGAAUACCUAUGACAAAAUAAUUUUUUAUGUAUAUUAUGCGACAAACGCGCCAAAUGCAAAACUAAUCACUUUAUACGUGUUUUGUUGUUUCCAGGUCCCAAUAAUCAUUCCGUUAAUCAUAUUUGUUAUUUCAAUUUAUUUGGUGGUGGCGCCUAUAAUAGAUAAACCUCAGAUCGAAUAUCUGUACUCUGUGAUAUUUAUGAUCGCCGGGAUGUUAUUCUACGUGCCGUUUGUACAUCUGGGAUACAAAUUCCGUAUUAUCGGUGAGUCCGAAAAAAAAUUAACCUUAGUAUGGCAUACUUAUAAAAUAUAUACAAUACAUCGUCUCAUUAGUUUUAAAUAUAUUAUAUCAUAAUAUUCAAGGUACGCGAGUAGUAAUUUUUUCUUUCUGUUUUCCGCAGAUCGAUGGACAGUUUUUAUACAAUUGCUGUUACAAGUAGCGCCCACAAAAUUAGUGUUAUCAAACUGAAGUGUAUAACACACCGUCAAGUCUUCCAUUAUAAUAUUAUACUUACAUAUCCGAUAUAAUGCCGGAGUAGACAAAAAUUGAAAACAGCAAAUGCGGAUUACAUAAUACCUACUUACUACCGUGACACUAUACUAUAUGUAGUUACAACGCAUAUUUGAAAAUCGUACGAGUAAUAUUGAUGAGAAUUUGGUAGUUGCAGGGAAAUCGUGAGCAUCAAUUAUCAUAAUAUUUGUUAGUAACAUAAUUGUGUACCAAAAUUAAAUAUUUUAUUAUGCCUAGUUCUACGCGUGUACAUUUGUUUACGUGUAUUAUAAAUAAAAAAUAAAAUAAUAUUAAAAUGCACUAUAUUUCAAAUUAUUAUAUAUAAAAUCGUUCUAUAGAAACCUAUUAUAUUUCACAGAUUAUGAUG